AUGGUGACCGCCAGCAUUGACGACGUUCAAACUGCCAAGUACUAUACCCCGGGAACCUCCCCCACCAGUCUAAUCAUCAUCGGACUCGCAAGCUGUACCAUAUACAAACUCGAUGCAUAUGCAGUCGGAAUUGCAGGAAUAAGCAAUUUGGCCGUAUCUAUAUUGGGAGAGACAAGUAAGGGAGUUAUUUAA